CUUACCUGGUUGACCAUAGUUCAAAAUGAGACAUUUACAAGAAGACAAGAAGAUUAUCUGAGUGUUCAACAGUUUUAAAAAAAAUGGGGAAGAGUAAAAAGUACAAAGUAAAAAAAAUAUGGACUAGGAAUGAUUACGCUCUCAGACACAGUAACCAACAACGAUCUCCAUCUGAGGAAACAGUCAGGGUCUUAACAAUGCAAACACGUAACGUACCAGCAAAACCAUAUAGUUUUAUGAAGAUACCUGAAAAUAAUGAAAUUACAAAAUAUCCCAAAGAUGAUGAAAUUACAAAAUAUCCCGAAGAUGAUAAAAUUACAAAAUAUCCCGAAAUUGACGAAUCUGACAAAAAAGAAAAAAAUACAGAAAGCUACGAUGGUCUUAAUAAACAAAAAUCCAAACCUGUGGCAUGUCUUGAAUGUGUUAAACCGAUUCAGGUUUUCACAAGUGAAGAAAUUAAAAGAGGGGAUCACAUCAAAUUCCAUGGACGAAUAUAUGAUCACCAUGCAAUUGUAAUCGAUGUAAAACCAAAUGAAAAAGAUCAUAAAGUAGACUUAGAAUUGGUACAUGCAUCAAACACGACAGCUGGUGCAAUAUAUAAUUUUAUAAGACCGUUUGGUAACAAAGCCAAACUGUUAACAGAAACGAAACGAAUAAAUCUAAAGAAGAUAAAAGUCAUGGUGUAUAAAUAUUCGGAUACAAUUGAACAUUUUCUGCCCAAAGAGAUUGUUACUAGAGCAGUCACAACAACAUCCUACCCUGAUUUCAAAUACAACUUGCUAAAUAAUAACUGUGAGCAUUUUACAACAUGGUGCGUUACAGGCGUGAUUCUUAGCUUACAAAUUCGAAAGAUACGAAUGGUGAAGGGACUUUUUGCAAAUCAAGGAUUUCAAGGUAUUGGCAACGAAGCUCUUCGAAAUAAAAUCGAAUUUGAUAAAGGAAUGCUCUGUAAACCGUGUUUCGAUAGAAAUGAAAAAAUAUUGAAGGUCACGAAGCAAAAGAUCAGAUCAAAAAGUGACGUAGAGAUUGGUGAUAUAAUAACAUACAACUAUUAUAGAUGUUGCCAUUCUGCUGUCGUACUUGAAAUUGUCAAAUCACAUGACAAAUCACUACAGUGUAAAAUAGCUCAUUAUGCAUUUCGUGGUUUACAUAGGGAUAAAAAGAUUCUGGAGGAAACAUUCAGAAUUCCGUUUGAUGGAAGUAUAGAAGUUACUGAUUUCACGACUGAUUAUACUGUCUAUGCUCCCGACGAGGUGGUAGAAAGGGCCCGUAGAAAGCUGGGCGAAAAACGUUAUGAUCAUUUUUCAAAUGAUUCAAGUCAUUUCGCGCGAUGGUGUAAACUUAAAUUGUACAGAAAUUGAAAUUAAUCGUUAUAGCCAAUAUUGUUUCAUGGAAUCUUUAGUAAACAUAUGACUUGAUAUGUAUUAAUGACAUGUCUUUGUUUUGUAAUUUUGUUACAUAUCUAAUUGUCAACAGAAAAUCAAUCCUGAUGCAUUGGCGGAAGAACUUUAACCAGUUUGUCAAUGGUUGACUUAU